GUGUGUGUGUGCGCGCUGCAGUUCCACUGGCUCACCACUGCCGGGCAAUGUAGUCUUUGUCCUGCAGUGAUGUCGGGGCUUGGACUUUUUCCUGACUCACGGGCAGCAGACUUCUCUCUCUCUUUCCAGCACUUUCUGGUUUCCUCCUGUGACGCUCUGUCCUGAGUGCGGCGCUGGAGGAAGCGACCCCUCCUCUCCUCUCCGCUCCGCUCCCCGUUCUUCUCUCUCGCUACUCGUGCGACCCGAGGCUUUUCCACUUGUCCGGCCCGGUGUGUGGCUGCUGCUCAGGCCGCUGCUCCGCUCUGGUACUGUGCGUGUUUGUGGGCUCGAGUGCGUCAGUAUGCCAUGUCGUCCCCCGGCUCGUCGUUUGUGCAGAUAAAGCACGAGGACCUGCUCUUCUACGAGAACUGCGGAGGAGGCAGCUUCGGGAGCGUCUACAGGGCCCUGUGGAUCUCGCAGGACAAGGAGGUGGCGGUGAAGAAACUACUGCGGAUCGACAAAGAGGCUGAGAUUCUUAGCGUCCUCAGUCACAAGAACAUCAUUCAGUUUUAUGGCGCCGUGCUGGAGUCGCCCAACUAUGGCAUCGUCACAGAGUUCGCCAGCGGAGGCUCUCUGUACGAGUACCUGUCCAGCGACCAGAGCGAGGAGAUGGACAUGGAGCACAUCAUGACGUGGGCCAUACAGAUAGCCAAAGGGAUGCAUUACCUGCACGCUGAAGCUCCAGUUAAAGUCAUUCACAGAGACCUCAAGUCACGAAACGUGGUUCUGACAGCGGACAGAGUGCUGAAGAUUUGUGACUUUGGGGCGUCCAAGUUCCUGUCGCACACCACCCACAUGACGGUGGUGGGCACGUUUCCCUGGAUGGCGCCUGAAGUCAUCCAGAGCCUGCCCGUGUCCGAGACCUGCGACACGUACUCCUACGGGGUGGUUCUGUGGGAGAUGCUGACGCGGGAGGUUCCCUUCAAAGGCUUCGAGGGGCUGCAGGUCGCGUGGCUGGUGGUGGAGAAGCAAGAGAGGCUGACCGUCCCCACCAGCUGUCCAGCGAGUUUCGCAGAACUCAUGAGGAAAUGUUGGCAAGCGGAGCCGAAGGAGCGUCCACAGUUCAAGCAGGUGCUGGCCAUCCUGGAGACCAUGGCCAACGACAGCAGGCUGCCAGACCAGUGCAACUCCUUCCUACACAACAAGGACCAAUGGAGGUGUGAAAUCGAGUCCACCCUAGAGCGCCUUCGAAAGCUGGAGAGGGAGCUUUACUCCAAAGAGAAGGAGCUGGAGGAGCGGGAGAGGAGACUCAAGCUGUGGGAGGAGAGGCUGAUGGAGAGGUCCAACAUGACUCCAAGCCCCACCUCCCUGCUCAUGGAGCGCACAAACAUCUCACCAUUCUUCCCCUCGAUGUCCAUCGGUUCCUCUGGAUCUUUCUUCCGCUCACACUCUCAGGACUCCAACAGCGCGGGGCUCAGCAGCGCAGGGCUCAGCAGCGCAGGGCUCAGCAACGCUAGUGUCAGCUGUCUCCUCCGCACCCUCAGCAACGGAGACACAGAGAGGGGCGGCAGUGCAGUGAUGGAGAGAGGCAUGAGUUCACUCGAUGGCGGGAGGCUGCACGCCAUGCUCCGUGGGUUGCAGGGCAGAUUUGGAGAGGAUGAAGAGGAAGAGGAGGGCACAUUGGAGGAGAAAAGCUGGGGGCAGAGGGAGAGGGAUGACGGUGGGAGCAUGGAUGGAGGUCGGGUGCAGGUGACACUCAGGAGCUUCCCAGGGGGUGUAGUAGAAAGGGAGGAGAGGACAUGGGAGGAGGGGGACAGGGAGAGAGGUGGGAUGCAGAGGAGCAGAGUGACGACCUUUGUUCGAGGCUACUCAGGUGGCUUUGGGGAGACAGAAGUCGAGAAGGAGGAGGAGGAAGGAUGGGAGACAGAAAAGCUUGGGGACAGACAUGAUGAGGGAAGUGUAGAAGGAGGGCGGCUUCCGACCAUGUUCAAGGGUCUCCACGGGGGCUUGGGGGACAUGCUGUCCCUAAACAUGGAUGAUAUGGGGGACAUGGACAUGGACAUGAACAUGAACAGGGGUGACGUGGGGCUCAUGAAGGUUGUAGGCCACGAGGUCAGGGGUCACAGGAGUAACAUGGGCGUCGUCGUCCAGGGAGUCAGGAGCGACCGCAGCGAAGCCAUCAGCCAAAAGAUUAGAGGGGAAGUGGGCGUCAUCGGCCACUCGGGGGUGCAGGUGAGCAUGCGGGCCUCGUCCAAUCAGAACUCUGUGAAGAGCUGCAGCGUGCGGCACGGAACCAAGAUCAACAUGGCCGCCGCGGCCACAGACAUGAUGGAGCUCGACUGGUCCGACAGCGACUAGUGAGCACGGCCGCACGGAGAAACACGGGCCGAACUCCAUCACGGUUUGGACUAGUCCGCACACGUAGUACCUGAGCUACAAUGUGUGCGUUAGAAUCUCCAGAUGAGCGACGCACACAUUUCUUGGUAAUGUUUUUUUUUAACUGAAUGAAUGGUAACUACACUCGUGUACUGUGAAUUAGGAAAGUGUAAACAGACAGUCAUCGGUCGUCAUGUCCUCACAAUGACCCGUGUAAUUUAAUGUCCAUUUAAAACCGCUACUGUCAGAGGUACAAGUGUUUCGAAACACGCUUGAAUGCGGCUCUAACAAGGCGGCACCGUCUGAUGUUCUGCUUAUAGACGAUCUUCUAGUUUGUAGAUGUGAUUUGUUCAAAAACGGGCUUUGGCUUUAUCAGUUCCAAAUGAUCCAGCGUGUGAAUCUUUGGCAUUUCUUUCUGUAUAUUUUACCAUUUUUCAAUAAAAAGAGGAGAAAACUCUGA